CAACGCGGAAGUGAAAUACAUAACGAUGUCUUACGGACAUAGGUCUUUGGAGUAUUUGAAAACACUGGCUGAGGAAGAAACUCCUCCUUUUUGGCGGAACAUCAAUUUAGGUUUAAAGCCAAAAAUAUUAGUCGAUGUUGAUAGAGUAACGAAAGCAGCGAUAGAAAGACUGGUUAAAGAUACAUGGGACCCUCAUCUUGUUGGGAAAGGGGCGGACGCAGGGGGACUAACCCAUUCCAAUCUGGUAGUGGUCCAGGUACAGCGAAUUGAGAACCCCCGACUUUUCACCGCUUACAAUGAUGAAAGAAAACGGUUGCUGAAUAAAUUGAUUAUCAUGGGUUACACAAGUGCUAGGCCGAUUGAAAAUAUACCCAAAUCAAGCGGUGAGGUAGCAACCACAGAAUAUUUAGAUGAAAUAUUGAAGAAAGAUUUGUUUCCUGAAAUAAACGAGCACUAUCUACUUCAUGGUACCAAGUUUUUUAGAAUUGGAAGUAUCAUUACACAAGGACUAGAUCCUAAGUAUACUGACUCAAGAGCUAUGUUUGGGAAAGGCGUCUACACCGCUGAAAAAUCAACCAAAGCCGACCAGUAUGCAGACGAACCAGAGAAGCGACGCCCACACAAAUGGCGAAACAAGCUCAUCCUGUCUCGUAUGCUACUGGGCAAUGUCUUUUUGUGUAGCGAAAAUCACAAGACUUUAAAAGACAAAGACGGACCAAAGUUGUCCGGACCUCCGUGCAUCGAGUGUUUGGAAGACAGGUGCAUCUGUAGGUCAACACAGCCUCGUUUUGACUCCGUCAUGGGAGACCGAAGCUGGAGGUUUAGAGAGUUUGUUGUAUACAACAAGAACCAAAUUUACCCUGAAUAUGUAAUCACGUACAAAAGAGCAUAAGUUCAAAGCUAAUUAUCUAAACUAUAAAGUCAGGAAAGAAGUUAUUUUGUUCGUUAAGGUUAAAACAAAAUUUUCAUAUGUAUUAGUUAUUAGACAAUGCAAAUAUAAAUACAGGCUAACCAUUUGAAAAAAAAGCUCAAACCUUUGAUGCAGGAGAAAAAAAUAUUUAAACUUGGAAAAUGAAGUAGAAAUAAAAAGUACAACAACCGUAAAUAGUUUUAUUUAUUAAAUCUAACUGCUAACAUUUUUUAUUUUUAUUUAAUACUACUUGUAUCAGUCUAUUUACACCUUCUGAUUU